UUGAAGAGACAAGUUCCUGCGCUAACAACAGAAUGGAGUCUUCUAGUGUCCCUGAUUGUAGUGGAACAAAGGGUUCUUGUUUGUCUCCUCAAAAGAAAGAGAAACUUCUUCCAAUGCUCUUGGAGCCUGCAUUAGGUGUCGAUAUACAACACACAACAUCUACUGUAGGUGACAACAGUGCACCUACUGAGGAGAACAUCAGAAAAAUGAAACUGCAGACUGAGACAAGAAAACCAGGGCAUUUUGGAAACCCAGAAGAAGAAAACGAUCAAGUCCAACUUCUCAGUUGCAAGGAGGCACCUACUGAAGCAAAGAAUGCAUUAGGAAAUAACAUGCCUGAUGGAUUUGAUCUGCCUAGGAAAUAUAGAGAUGAUUUUGACCUUUUGAGCAACUUUAUCAUGCUGAGGUCUCAACAUAUGAUCAUGCAAAACGAGGAACCAAACAAUGUGGAUAUCCAAGCAGAAGUUCUGGAUGCUAAGGAGAAGAGCCCAACACUGGAAAACAAUAUCAGUCCUCUUACCCUUAACGAAGCAGUUUCUAUGGAAAAGCAAACAAAGGAAAAUGAAGAAAUAGUUUCCAUUCAAAUUAAAGCAUCAGAGAGUCAAUAUCAAGCAUAUCAUAUCCUUGAAGCUGCAGUGACUCCAGUUUUGAAAGAGCUCAUGAGUUUUGACGUGCAUAAAUGGAAAUUUCGCACCCUUAAUUUUGACACCACCAGAUAUUUUUUAAAACAGCAGGAGAAAGUGAUCAGUGAUGCUUUUAAACAAGGUGUGACUGGUAUCAAAGAGGGGAGAGAGAUUGCAGUAUUCAAACAUGCCGUUGCUCUUCAUUUACUGGUAACAGUUCGAGACCUGUUAUUAACAUGUAACUUGGACACUGCAUUAGGUAUACUGAUCAUUGUGUUAUUGUUUUUAAAAUGCAUAUUAUAUAUAUACAUAUUUAUGAUGUGCCAGGUAGUCAUUGUGACUAGAAUGGGUUUUGAUGAAGAAACAGAUGUACUAAUCAACACCAUCAGUACGGUGCAAGGCUUGAAAAUUGUGUAUUUAGAUUCUGAGGAAAGAGGGACUUUUCUAGAGAGCCAAGAUGUAAUAAGUAGUUUGGAAAGAUCCUCUUGUGUGGUUGUAUAUAAUCAGAAUAUUGGACCCGAUUUCCCUUGGACUCAUUUUUCAUUAGUGGUGGAGUAUAAUUAUUCAGAAAAAUCCUGCUGGCUUGAUAUUUGCAAAAAUCUGAAUGUUUCUUACAUAACUUUCAUAACUGCUGUUCCAGAAACAUUUGGAAUCGGUAAGUGAAUGUUUAAAUACUAAAUAGAUGAUAAAACUCAAAUAGAUAAUUUUGGGUCUGUCCUCCUGGAACUGCCAAUUCCAUAUGUUUUUCUGACCUCUGAGGGCCUUCUCAGUACCCCAGAAAUCCUUCAGUUACUGGAGUCCAAGUACAAUAUUACAUUUAUUGAGAGGAAGUGCUGUGAGGCAUUACAGUUCUUUGGAAGCACGGACCGUUAUAUCGUGAUUACUGUAGAUGAAUGCACUGCUAUCGUUAUUCAGAACAUGGAAGAACUUGGUUAUGAAAAAUCUUCUGAUAUUAUUGUGUUAAGACUUGUGGUGCUGUCACUCCAGUACAGCUCCUGUUGGAUUAUUUUAUACUCCCAAGAAAGACUAAAUUCAGAGUAUAGCCUAACUGGAAAGACUCUGCAUCACCUAACCUUGAUUUAUGGAGCCUUGGUUUCAUUUGCACAGAAGUCGGAAGACUUUGACGUAAAGGUGGUUCUCGCACCAGGAGUUGAAGAGACAGCCCUUUUGGUUCGUCAGAUUGCUGACCACAUUUUGAUGACUUCUCAAAGACAUCCUCAGGAAUGGCUAGACAAAUCCUGGCUUUCCGUCUUACCAUCAGAGGAAGAGAAAUCCUUGUUUACAUUUCCAUGCAUGAAUCCUCUAGUGGCUCAAGUCAUGUUAAAGAAAAGCUCUUCACUGGAGUGGCUUCUGUCAGCAACUUUUGACCAGCUUCAUGCACUUCUGCCUGAAGUGCCUGAGAAAGUUCUGAAGCACUUUAGUGACAUCACAUCACUGUACAUCUUGAACCCUCCAGCAGAGCCAAAACUUCCAGAAGAAACUGUGUCACUUCAAAAAAACAUAAAGGGCUCUAUCAGCUCUUGCUCUGAAAUUCCCUUUCCCAAGGCAGUGUUAUCUGGCUUUCAGGGACACAGUUCCUUUACUGAAUAUUUUGGAAACUAUGGUGAAGUACAGAACAGCAAAAAUUGUUUCCCAGUUUACUACCAAAAUGAGUCUUAUACUCCUCUGAAAUCAGGUGGAAAGCACAGCAGCUUAAUAGCACCUUCAGUACCAUACCAGGAAAAAGUUCAUUCCUUUCAGGAUAAUGCAGGCAUAGAGGGGAAACAGUACAUCCCGUUUGCGAAAAAAAUGGAAGUGGAAAAAAGAACAACUUCUUCACAGCUACCACCAGAUGAUGUGAAAGGAUGUCCCCAUAUUAACUUUGAAGCUACAGUGCCAUAUUUGGCAUACAACCUGGGUGGAACAAAUACGUAUCUUGAAAAUGGUGCACAAAACAGAAUGUACCGUUCAAAAGCUGCAGGCCAAAAGCUUGCUCAUCAAGAUAUUGAAAAUGUACUUGAGGUGAAAAAGCAGCCGCUUGUAAAGCAAUGUAAAUCUAGCAAGGAUUCCAAAUCUUCAUGGGAUCUUGUCUCUGGCAGAGAAGAUUGUCCAAUCCAGCAGAGCUCUCAGAGUUUUCUAGGAGAACUUGGUGUGACAGGAUAUAGUGGUCCAAAAUUUCAGUUUGAGGAGAUGUUUUGGGGUAACCACUCAUCCAUGCUAGCAAUGGAUUCAUCUUCCCAUGAUUCAAGUUUCAGCAAAGUGUUAUCUAGUCCAGAUAGAUUCUUUACUAUGGACUUUCCAAUAACAGGAGAGUACACAAGGAAGAAAAGUCCCAAUGUGUUAUCAUCUAAUCAAAGAGAAUACAUUUCAGCAGGUAUAGUAAAACCACAAAGCACUCUUUGCUGCCACUCUUUUCUGAUUAAUUUCCCCCCUACAGCAGGUUUAAAAUGCACCCAGUUACCACAGCUGAAAAAAAGACGUCUAACCUACGAAAAAGACCCUGGGAGAAGCGAUGGUCAAACACGUCUCAAAUUCCUUUAAAGGAAAUGCAAUCUCAUCUUUCACACUUCUGUUUAUAUGUGGUAAACUUUAGGCAGUUUUAAAACAAUGUUAUAAUUUAUUGUAUACUUACUUUUAAACAGUUUUUAAUAUUUUCUUGUAGUGCUUGUUGGAGGGUGUGU